CUCUCUCUCUCGAACCACCCUCCGCCUCGCCAAGUCGCCAGUUGGCUACCGCCAGUCACCACCACGCACCACCGGCGGGCGGCGGCCCAAAUCUCCCCCGGCGACCUCGCGCCCCCGCGCUCGCUCGUCCGAUCCCGUCGCGGUUCCCUCCCCGAUUCUGUCAAAAUUUGCGCGAACACUGGUUGGAGACACUCAUCCUCGAUUUGGUUCUUUACUGUUUUUGGUUAACUUCGGUAAAAUUCCUGCUGGCUUCUAUUUCUUCAGUGCUACAUAGGGCUGAAAUUUGUUUCAUUGUCUGUAUGGAUAACUUCCUUUGCCGCACCGCAGCUUAUUUUCCGUCCUGCGAUAUGAGCUGGCGUUUUAUUGCUGUGGUUUGUUUUGAUGCAAACUUGUGCUUGACCUAGUAUCAUUUGUAUGAUUGUACCCACAAGUUUAUAUACUGAAAAAUAUAAACCUAGCCCUUGUUUUAGGACUUGAACAUAGCUUUAUUUUGACACCACGCAGUAUUGAUGAAUGACUGGCUUGCUAUUGUGCUCACAUAUCGCAGCUUUUCUUGCUGAUAUGUUUGAACUUGAAUGGUCUAGUGUUACUUUUCUGUAAAUUUGCAUUGUAGAUCUUUGGCGUCUUCUCAAACUUUAGCAGUGUUGUUAGAAUUCAUUAAGGUAUCCAAGAACUGGUUUGGCACAAGGAUCGUUUGUGUCAACAGCGUGUUGAUUUCUACAAAAACUUCUUUUGGUUGUACAAGAAAGUGCUUUCUAUACAAUUUAUUUAUCAAAGCUGUUAUAUAGGGGUUGUAGCUUGAUAGUUCUUGAAAUGCAAUUAGCAAAUCUACCAGAAAACAACAUGCUGCAGCAUUUUUGUUGAUAAUUUAAUGCAUCUGUUUGGUUAUGUAUUUUCAUUUGAAAUUAAAUGCUUUUUUCCGUAGCUUUAUUCGGAUAAUCCAUAUAGAAAUGCUUUAUCCUUGAUGAUGGUUAGCAACUUGCUCUUUACCCUUGUCUCGCAUCAUGUUCUUUGAAGUUAAGAUAUAUUUACUUUAUGAAUACUUAUGAAUGACAGAUGGAAUUGCCAGAUGAAAGAGUGCAAGUAGAUGCACUGGAAAGACAUUUAUUGGCUGGUUUAUCUUCAAACGACUAUAACAGAAUCAUUGAGGAUGAGGUCCUCCAUGAUGCGUCAUUUGCAGAAAUGGAAGAUAAUUUUGUUAAGUAUCAAAUUGCCCAGUGGAUUCUUUUAUCUGUAUUACUAGUGUUAGCUUGGGGAGUUGGAGUGCUCAUGCUACUUUACCUACCUAUUCGAAUAUAUGUAUGUCGGAGGGACUUCCGCUCAAGGAAGUUGUACUUGACACCACAUGCUGUUGUUUAUAAGGUAAACAAGCCUGUUGCAUUUCCUUGUUUUGGGGUUUUCAGGAAGGAGAAAUAUGUUAUCCUCCCUUCAAUUUCUGAUGUUGUUGUUGAGCAAGGUUAUCUCCAAUCCUUUUUUGGGGUAUAUUCUAUCAGAAUUGAGAAUGUUGGUGUUAGAAAGCCUCCUAGUGAUGAUGUAAAAAUAACUGGGGUUGCUCAUCCGCAUGAUUUCAGGAAGGCUGUUCUAGUCCAUCUUUUGAACACAAGGAACCUGAAUUUCAGUAGGAGAGCUCCAUCUGAUGGACAACAGAGCACAAGUUUGAAUCCUAUAGCUAGUGCUUGGGAGCCUCCUCUUGGGGAUUUGAUACUAGAGAAGCUUGAUGAAGUUGAAAUCUCUGUAAAGAAAAUGCAAGCAGUGGUACAGGGUAUUGAAACUUCCAAAACGAAGAGCACAUCCAGUUGAUUCAAUAUAUGUUGAUUCUUGACAGUGGAGGACAGGCGUAGCGCCGCGGAGCCAGUGGAGGACAGGUGUAGCGCGAUCGUCAUGGUCACCGAGCCAGUGGAGAACAGGCGUAGUGUGGCCGUCAGGCGCGCAGAGGACACCGGCGCUUGUGGCCUACCACCGCGAGUUGCGCUGGAUGGACGCCGCAUGGCCGCCGGAGCCGGGGUGCUUGGGGUUGUUGUGCUGCUGGCUUUGGAAGAGACUAGAAGUGAAUACGACGUCCUAAGAAACUGUCAGAUUACUCACUAUGGUGUAAAUUCUUUAUUUAUUCUUUACUUGUCUUAGUGUUUUCUUGUUGACUAUUCUAGUUUGCAAGAUUUGUAUUGAUGUUUCUCUCAAUGCUAUGUAACUAAUUACUUGCUCAUUGUUUAUCUCAUUUUCCUUGUUUCUCUGAAAGCACAAUGACAUUUUUUAUCGUUUAUACAUUUUUUUAGCUGUAACUUUCUGUUUUGUAGAUUGUAGAAACACACGCAGCAGGAGAACAGAUCGGAUUUGGUGAUUGUGAUUUUUUUAGUAAAAUUGUAAUUGUAACUU